AAAAACAGUCACUUUUGCUUGAAAGUUUUGAUCAAGUAAUCCAGAAGUUUGAGACUAUAUUUGGAGACUCAAACAAGAAAAGAAUUGCUGUUAACAAAAUCAAGAAACUUACUCAAGGCUUCAG